CUGGCAGUAGCCGCCGGUAGUAGCUUCUGGGUCUCCGCCGCUCCCACCAGCUUCGUCGCCGAACAGAAUUUGGAGACAGGAUGCUUGAAGGAAUCAAGAAAGCAGGAGUUCACUCUGUUUAGAUCUGAAUUGGGAAAACGACGAGAAGUGGUACCAAAAUUUGUUGUUCAUGGAUUUAUCUAUACUGAACCUCCGAAGGCUAAGAGCUGUCGGCAUGUCGACAGCCGCCAACAACCAGAGUUGGGCAAGAUGGUGGAAGGCGGGAUGAAUAUCUUUGAGCGAAACUCUGAUAGGAAGGUGGUGAUGGAUAACUAUGAAGAUUGGAGCUACGAGGAAGCGAGGAGGAGCUACGGGGUGAAGUACUUCAAGCAGAACUUCAACAGGCUUGUAAGGAUAAAGAAGAAGGUGGAUCCUGGGAAUUUCUUUAGGAAUGCGCAGAGCAUCCUGUUUCUCCCUAUUGAUGAUUUGGUGAACUGA